AUGUCACCUCGUGUGUCCUCAGGCAUGUCAAAUGUGAGCAACCGCCCCAAUCUUCCUACUAGCCGCACUGAACCAGUUCCCCUUUGUUGAUUUGGCUGCUAUAGGUGAAGGUGAGCUACCCUGCGUACGCUGUAGGAAGCGAGGCUUGGAGUGCACCAGAGUAUCCCGAACUCGUUUCCGCCCGGUCUCCGGUCUUGGGUAGGUAUCACAUCAUAUCAUCAUGUCUGAUCGCACUUGACUCCAGGUGGUAAAGGACUAAUGUGUCCCUCCCCAACAGACAAUCACAGUCAGAGUUUCCCGCACACCAGCCGUGGUUCAAAACUUCGGGCAGAAAUCUAGACAUUAUCGACCAGACACUGGAGACGAUUUGCAGUUACUAUGAUGGCGAUCAGUUGGACGACAAAGUUGCAGAGUCACCGAGCCCCGGGCUAUCAUAUCCUUCCCACGAGUCGGGUACGACCACGAGAUCCUCUCUAGCCAACAGAUCCCUUGCAGCUAGUUAUGCCAACAUUAUCGUACCAGAUGCCGUAAUCAAUAAGGUCGCAGACAUUCCCAAUCCCCCAGAAUCAGAUACAAGUGCCCACCCCGAUGUGAAGGUGGACUCGUUUAACAGUCUCCGAUUGUCCCCCUCCUUCUCUGGCCUUUCCCCUCCUACCACUGACAGUCGACCAUCCCCUGAUUUCAUCGCCCCUAUAACCCAUCCCGGCUAUCUAGACGACUUGGGUGAGCUUGAAAAUACAGAUGUCGUGAGCCUUCAGAAAUUGGACUCUUUUCUUGAACUGGUCGGUCCUGUCAUUGACCCUUGCGAUCAAUAUGCAACCCUGGCUACCGAGAUUGUUGAACGCGCACUCAUAAACUCUCAGCUCUUGUCCCCCGUCAUGCAGCUCGGUGAGAUACGGGAUCUGGGUGUAACUAUUCCCUUUCAUGUGAGCCCGGACAUGAACGGCCAUCUUUUCGACGGAGCAGACAAACUCAUCGCGGCGUUUCUCUACCGUAUUCUCGAUAAUCUACGCGGUAGGGCUCACUUCGUCCCCCUAAGCCCCCUAAACUUGUUGUGCACACUUGACGGCAUCCAUUAACGCAGGGAACAGGGUUAGCUACAGCGUCAACGUCGUUUGACCGCAUGAAGCCAAUACGAGACGCCACGGAACACUUGGCCCUGUAUCCUGAAGAGGAGGGUGUCUUCGUCCACCGGUUGAUCUGGGCCAGCCUCCGGCAAGAGGUAUUCAUCACUAUGAUGAAUCACGAAGACGCUUGUCUAGAUAUAGACGAAGCGUCCUUGCUUAUCCUCCGCAGCACUAACGAAGACGAAGAAUGGACGAACCGGAUGCUCCUCCAGCUGAUUAGCGCAGUGCAGCAUUGUUUCGGCGAUGGCAAGAGCUCGGCCUCGUACGAUAAACUCGUUGAUGACUUUGCGUCGUGGGUGCAGCAGCGGCCCGCCACGUUCCAGCCCAUCUUCUUUCAGCAUGCCGUGGAUGGGCAGACUUUUCCAGAGACAUUAUUCCUCAACCACUUUGCCGCGGUGGCGUCGCAGUACUACUUGAUUGCGAGGAUUCUGCUCAUUUUGCACAACCCCCGGAUGCCCCGGUUGGGGCCGGCAAAACGAGAUGCUGCUAGAUGCAGAGACGUGAGUGUUGAAUCGCAGAGGGCAUUGUGUUUUUUGUCAUACUUCGAGGUCUAACUCGAAUGUAAACAGGAUCAAGUGCGUAGUGACGUACGCAUCAUCUGCGGAAUUGCAGUGUCACAAUCCGCUGUAAAUCCGCUGUACUUGUAA